AUGUACCUGGUGAGCGACGACAAUGCCACCGCCAACGAACUGGAAUCCCGAGAGCGCGUCUGCAAGGCCGCCGUCGCCACUCUCAAUCAAGUCGGCCUGGCCGAUUUCCUGCAGCACGAUCCCAAGCCCACCUUUGUCCUGGACCUCGACGUCUCCGACAUUUUUGGCAAAAUCCUGCAGCCCGUCUACACUAACCCGGCCCUUUUGGCUGGCGAUUCGGGCGCCCUGCUGAGCGUGAUAUCUGGAAAGUCCAACCUGGACAGGCCCGGCGCCUUCUCGUUGAAGCCGUAUGCAAAGUACAGGAAAUGGAUAUAUGAGAAAGAGAUGGACCCGCCGCUGCGCGGAAUCACCUUCAAUGGCAUGUUUUGGACCAAGGUUAUUAUCAAAGACCGGUGGAGCGUGAUAAGUGGGGUCCAGCCCGAGGCCAUCCUGGAGCCUCCGACGCCGAAGCUCGGUCUCUCUCCCGUCCCUACAAGGAACCACUCUCCAACCAAAUCCGACGAUAGCGGAGGCGGGAAAAGAGCCAGCAUCGUGAAGCGCGAUGGCCAAGACGUCUCUGGGCAAUCUGAAGGAAGCUCGCCUGCCGCAAACUAUCCUGAUGAGUCCAUUUCACGCUUGACAAAAUGGGACCCACAGUAUGGCGAGGGCGUCGACGAUUUGGCUCCAGAACUCGACUGGACCCACCCUGAUGAACCUCCAGAUUUACCAUCCCAUGUGCAAUUUCUCCGCUCCAUUGAUUGGGGUUCCACUCCCAUUGGUCCUAUGGAGGCGUGGCCAACAGAACUUCGUGUCAUGGUCAAUCUUGUUAUGCGGACUCCUGAGCCAGGCGUACUGUUUUGGGGAGAAGAAGUGAUAAUGAUAUACAACGAGGCCUACAUCCCAUUGGUUGGAGACAAGCAUCCAACGUGCAUGGGAAAUUCUGCAAAGACGGCCCUCGUCGAGUACUGGGAGCACUUUACCCCUUUCAUUACGCGCAACAAGUUGACUGGAGAAAUCGUUACUGAAUCAGAUCUUCCAAUCUUCCUACUGAGAAAUGGCAUGCUGGAAGAGACCUAUUACUCUUUCACAUUCCUACCAGUCAUGGAUGCAAUGGGUAAUGUGGUCGGACACUACGAACCCGUUACGGAAACCACAAGGGCAGUAGUGUCAGAAAGAAGAUUGGCAACACUUCUCAGGCUAAGCGAGGAAACCGGACGAGCUCGAGACUUGGACAAUUACUGGCAUUCGGUCAUGCAGGUCCUCGGAAGCAACGAGAAAGACGUUUCGUUUGCUUUGUUAUACUCUGUCGAAGAAGAAGACGAGACUAGUGACGUACUUUCUACUUCUGCCAGUUCAACCGGGUUUUCGAGUAGACAGUGUGUGCUCAAAGGCUCCCUUGGUGUGCCAACUGGACACCCUGCUGCGCCAAACCGUCUCGAUUUAAUACAGAGCCCCGAUGGAUUCAUACCUUAUUUUCGAGAAGCCAUGAAGUCACGGAGACCUACAGUUCUAAAUGUAGAGAAGGCAGCGUUGCCGGAAGAGAUUAUACGUGGUAUAGAGUGGCGAGGCUUCGGCGAUCCAAGCAAGGACUUUGUCGUUUGCCCCAUCACCCCGACUUCAAGCACAAACGUCCAAGGGUUCCUGAUCAUUGGGCUUAAUCCACGGCGGCCCUACGACGACGACUACCAACAAUUUAUUGCAGUUUCGAGCAGACUCUUGGGAACGUCAUUGGCAUCGGUUGUCCUGCAUGAUGACGAGAUCCGGAGACGGGAGAUGAUGAUCGCACAGGCCGAGUCCAUAAAGGCCCAACUAGCAGAGCAACUGGUCGUGAGCCAAAAAGAAGUCGAACGGACCGAGAAGCGGUUCCAGCGCUUUGCCGAGCGCGCUGAUGUGGGAAUCUUUAUCGUUGCCCAGAACGGAUACUACAACUAUCGCAACAAGAGAUGGCACGAAAUGUUCCAACUUCCGGAAACUCAGUUGGACAUUCGCGAUGCGUGGCCUCAGCUGGCAUUCCCCGAGGAUCUCGCAGCUUGCGAGAAGUAUUUUGCCACCUUGAUGACUGAGAAGGCUCCAGUAUCAUUUGAGCUCCGGAUCAACAGAAAAUGGUCACCGCCUGAAAAUGCGGCGGAAAUUCACCAUGAUGAUGGCAGUGAAAAUCAUAUGUGGAUACUGUGUUCGGCAUACCCGGAGCUAUCUGACACUGGCGAUGUCAAAGAAAUUGUGGGCUGCGUGACGGACAUUAGCCGCCAGAAAUGGGCAGAGGGUCUGCAAAAAAAGCGAACAGAAGACGCACUGGAAUCGAAACGCCAACUGGAAAACUUCAUCGACACAACCUCCCACGAGAUGCGCAAUCCCUUGAGUGCAAUCAUUCAGUGCGCGGAUGGCAUCAUCACCUCUAACAGCAGCAUUGUGGCAGAAGAUGGCAGACUGGAUCCUGGAUUGAGCAGUCUAUUGGAGGCGGACAUCGACGCUGCCCAGACUAUUGUCCAAUGCAGCACACAUAUGAAGUGUAUUGUGGAUGAUAUUCUAACCAUGUCAAAGCUAGACAGUGGCCUGCUCGUGAUGACGCCAGUUGCCGCGCAACCGGAAUCGAUAGGUCGACAUGCCGUCAAAAUGUUCGAAGCAGAAGCCAAGGCAGCGGGAAUCGAUUUGGAAUUUGAGAUGGAAUCGACCUACGGCGAACUGGGUCUCGACUGGAUUUCUCUAGACCCAACACGCCUCUUGCAGGUUUUGAUUAACCUCAUCACUAAUGCCAUCAAGUUCACUCGGCUGGAGACGAAACGUCAGAUCACUGUUAGCAUUGGUGCGAGCAAGGAACGGCCUGAAACAUGCAGUGCAGGAAACGUGCCAUACAUACGGACGGCGACGGCGGCGGAGGCACCUCCACUUGUGGCGGAUUGGGCCAAAGGCGAGAAUGUCUUCAUCCUGUUCACCGUUCAGGACAGCGGUCGUGGCUUGAGUAACAAUGAGAAAGAUCUUCUCUUCGCACGCUUCUCGCAGGCAUCUCCUCGCACCCAUAUCAGCUACGGCGGCAGUGGGCUGGGAUUGUUCAUUUCACGCAGGCUCACUGAGAUGCAAGGUGGCGCCAUCGGCUUCUCCUCCGAGUCGCACAAGGGCAGCACGUUCUCGUUCUACGUCAAAGCGCGACGCACCAAAAGCCCACCAAGUGCUGAGGGACAGUUCGUACCGGACCUGAUGACACCCGUCCGCGCAGCAUCGCCACCACCUUCCGAUCAAACUAAGUUCCGCAGCCCCACGUCUCCGCGCAGCGCCAGCACGCCAUCAAUCCGACCCGCCCUGCAACCCGGAAAGGUAUCGCUCCCAGACAAGCUGCAUGUUCUGGUUGUUGAAGAUAACCUUGUCAACCAACGCGUGCUGGCCACUCAGCUGCGCAGCAAGGGUUGCCAUGUCAGCGUAGCCAACCACGGCGCUGAGGCCAUCGAACACCUGCGCCGCACGCGUUACUGCAAGUCUGGCGGCUUGGAUCUCUCCGUCAUCCUCAUGGAUUGGGAGAUGCCAGUCAUGGACGGCUUGACGUGCGUGCGCGCUAUCCGCCAGCUGCAGAAGGAAGGCACUGUCGACGGACACGUGCCCAUCAUUGCAGUCACGGCGAACGUACGCAACGAACAGAUCACCAUGGCGAACGAGGCUGGCAUGGACGACGUCGUUUCCAAACCUUUCCGUGUCCCGGAACUCAUGACCCGCAUGCAAGCCCUGAUAGUGAAGCUUGCAGCCCCUUGA